CGCGGCCCAGCGGAGGAGAGCCCGGCGGCUCGCCCCGCCCCCGCCCCGCCCGUGCGCCCCGGUGACCUUCACGGGCUCGGGCGGUGGGUGCAGGCCCGGGCGGCGGCGCGAUGUUCGUGCAGGAGGAGAAGAUCUUCGCGGGCAAGGUGCUGCGGCUGCACAUCUGUGCCGCGGACGGCGCCGAGUGGCUGGAGGAGGCGACCGAGGACACCUCGGUGGAGAAGCUCAAGGAGCGCUGCCUCAAGCACUGUGCUCAUGGGAGCUUAGAGGAUCCCAAAAGUGUGACCCAUCAUAAGUUAAUCCACGCUGCUUCAGAGAGGGUGCUGAAUGACACCAGGACAAUCUUAGAGGAGAAUGUCCAAGACAAAGAUGUCCUAUUAUUGAUAAAAAAGCGUGCUCCAGAGCCACUUCCCAAGAUGGCUGAUGUCUCCGUAGAAGAAAAGAAGAAACAAGAACAGAAGGCUCCAGACAGAGACGCCAUACUUCGGGCCACAGCCAACCUGCCCGCCUGUAGCAUGGACCGGGCCGCAGUCCAGACCACCAUGAGGGAUUUCCAGACAGAGCUYCGGAAAAUCUUGGUGUCUCUCAUCGAGGUGGCACAGAAGUUGUUAGCACUGAACCCUGACGCAGUUGAAUUGUUUAAGAAGGCAAAUGCCAUGUUGGACGAGGAUGAGGACGAGCGAGUGGAUGAGGCCGCCCUGCGGCAGCUCACAGAGAUGGGCUUUCCUGAGAGCAGGGCUGCAAAGGCCCUUCGGCUGAACCACAUGUCGGUGCCUCAAGCCAUGGAGUGGCUGAUAGAGCACGCCGAGGACCCGGCCAUCGAUGCGCCUCUUCCAGGCCAGUCCUCACCAGCAGCAGCAAGUGCUGCGGCCGCCACUCCAGAAGCUGCUGCUGGGACUAGCGAGGGAGACGAGGAGGUCCGGGACGAGCUCACGGAUAUCUUCAAGAAGAUUCGCAGGAAAAGGGAAUUCCGGGCCGAUGCUCGGGCUGUCGUUUCCCUGAUGGAGAUGGGCUUUGAUGAGAAGGAGGUGGUGGACGCCCUCAGAGUGAGCAACAACCAGCAGAAUGCCGCCGCUAUUCUGGACAACCCGGUGGUGCAGCUGGGGCUUACCAACCCCAAAACGUUGCUCGCAUUUGAAGACAUGCUGGAGAACCCACUGAACAGCACCCAGUGGAUGAAUGACCCAGAAACCGGCCCAGUCAUGCUGCAGAUUUCAAGAAUCUUCCAGACGCUGAACCGCACGUAGGUGGCGUUGCACCUCUUGGCUGUCUGGCUGUAGCAGCCUCCCCAGGCAUGGAGCAGGAGGGCAGGGGCCCUUGCCCAGAAGCCGCCUUCAGCACCAGGCCUGGAUUGCUCGGGCCACAGCUGCUUUUCCUCCCUGACCUUACUGCCUAUGGACUCCUGGACGGKAAGCUGCGUUCUUAGCUCCUGACAGGUGUUCGCAGGAAGUGGAAGCGGAGCGAUCGCCUUCUCUCCAGAGUGCCGCAGUGGCUCUGAAAGGCGCCCCCUGGCGAGUGUUGUGGGGUCCGCAGGUCAUCUGAAAGAAGGCAUGCUGCAGUCCAGUGCUUUCCCGUGGGCUGACCCUCCAGAGUGACUCUCAGAUGGCUCCUUUAAUAAAUAAAGCUCUUUCCUAUUUUC